AUGAAUUUUCGAACCCAGAGUCGUCCACCGCCGAAAGUAACCUGGUGGCGUGAUGAUACUGAACUGAUUGGUACUAGUCAUACAUCGGUGGAGGAAGGUGUUACCGUUAUGGUGAAUCAACUGCUAAUAGGCACCACAACACGCGAGUAUUACGGCACAAAGCUAGAGUGCAGAGCGCAAGGCACUAAAUUGGUACCGCCAGUAACAAAGGAGGUUACUGUGCAAGUACAUUUAAAACCCGUGCGAGUAAAAAUAGUCACACCCAACGAUCUACUGACGGCAGGGCAUCCGGUUCCCGUGCGUUGCGAGUCGUGGGGUUCAUACCCAGCAGCUAAAAUUACUUGGCUACUCGAUGGCGAGCCAAUAAGAAAUGCUGAAAUGACUGUGCACACUGACAAGGAGGAUGGCAACAUUACUACAAGCAUACUUACUCUAAAAGUAACAUCUGAGAAUGAUAAUGGCGAAUUGGUAUGUCGUGCAUCGAAUCCUUGGUUUUCGGGCGGUGCAAUUGAGGAUAAACGAGUCAUACGUGUGGCAUAUCCACCAACGGUGUCGGUACAUUUGGCUAACGAAGACCCCAGUCGAGUUGUGACCAGAGCUGAAAGUCAAAAUGUUACGUUCAAGUGCCGAGCAGAUGCCAGGCCACCCGUUACCUCAUAUUCAUGGUUCAAAAAUAGUAUGCGUAUGUCGGGCGAAAGCACUGAGAUCCUGCACUUGACGCAGCUGGAAAGAGAAAGCGCGGGCGCUUAUGCAUGCGGUGCCUCAAAUACCGAAGGAGAAACGCGCAGCUCAACUUUAACAUUGAAAGUGCAGUACUCGCCACGUUGCAAGCCUGGCACUGAGCAAACCUCAAUUGGAGCACUAAAUUUGCACUCAAUACAGGCAAAAUGUGAAGUUGAUGCCGAUCCCCCAGACUCAGUUAAGUUCAGUUGGACGUACAAUAACACGAGAAAUGUAUCACCGGUUCUCAACUCAAGAAUACAAUCAAUUGGACUUGUAAGCACAAUGACGUACUUGCCACAAACAGACUCGGAAUUAAUCACACUUGCAUGUUGGGCUAGCAAUGCUGUGGGACGACAAGUCAUACCCUGUCUAGUACAUAUUUUACCAGCAAAUCCACCCGAGGCACCCAAGGCCUGUGAAAUACGUAACGACACAGUUCUAGAAGUAGUGUGCAUAGCAGGCAGCGAUGGUGGACUAUCACAAUAUUUUCUACUCGAAGUUAUUGGCGGAGAUCCAUUGUAUAGCAGCGACUCAACGCGUAACUUUGCCGACAAUGUGCUUGGCGAUAACGAAAUUUCUACUUUGAAUGAUCAGGCAACCUCAGCACCAAUAUUUCGCAUGCAAGAACCAAAUCCGCAAUUUCGUUUAAAUAAUCUUGAACCGGGACGAGAGUAUCAAUUUUUAGUUUAUGCUGUCAAUGCAAAAGGACGCAGUGAUCCGCCUGUGGUUAUAGAACGUGUACGUGUAGCCGCACAAUUGGGUCCGUACGAUGAAACUAUACUCUCCGAGGAUCCCACACCAGCUGAAACAACACAUCAUGCCAGCGGAGGAACAUCUAGCGCCAGUGGCACCGGAGCAAGCAUAAGUGGUCCUGAAAAACAAUCAACGUUGCUCAUACUGGCCGCAGUGGUUGCGAUAGGUGCCGUCAUAGUAACGUCAAUUAUUGUGGCGGGCAUUGUGGUCGUUUGUAAGCAUAGACCAAGGCCACCUGAGCCACAGGAUGUGCGCAAAAGUAUGAGGCCUGCUCGCAAUGAUGUACCUUCCAUGUACAUCGAAGAAGAUGAACUGAACGAUGAGGAUGCGGCAGUCGGUGGGCGUGCAGCUGAAAUACGUGUACGUGGCGCUCCAGCAAUGUUGGGUCCACGUUGCAGCGCUAGCACCACUAGCAGUCAACAUCACUAUAUAUCCGAGGGUUUCAUACAGUAUGCGCAACCAAGUCUGAACGGCGAUGUAAUGAUCCCCUUGCUUGAUUGUACCGUUGCGACUUCGAUGUCAUCCUCGCCAGUAACCACCUGCAUUACAGCACACACCAACGCUUAUGGUGAAUGGUCCAAACGUUUAAUGCAAGCCAGACUCGACCCCGAUCUAAUACUACCACGCGGCGAAUUGGAAUUCACCACACUGGAUCCGACGCUUAAGUAAUAUGAAUGUACAUUACGCGAGCAGCAAGAGUUGUAAGAAUAAAAUUCAAAACUUAAACUUAAGUGAAUUAAAUAUUAGUAACUUUUUUAUAAGUACAAUAAA